AUGGGCCCCUGUACCCCGCCUCCUCAUUGCUGCUGCCAGGCCCGUAAUCUGCCAUGGGCCCCUGUACCGCCUCCUCAUGCUGCUGCCAGGCCCCGUAAUCUGCCAUGGGCCCCCGUACCGCCUCCUCAUGCUGCUGCCAGGUCCAGAGUCUCUCAUGGGUCCCCCUGUACGGCCUCCCAUUGCUGCUGUCUCCAUCGCCACACUCUGCCAUGUGCCACUUUCAGGUCUCCUCACACUGCUGUGUGAUUCCAUUUUUUUGUCAUAGGGUGCUGGCAGAUUACGGGCCUCUCAUUGCUGCUGCCAGGCCCGUAAUCUGCCAUGGGCCCCUGUACCGCCUCCUCAUGCUGCUGCCAGGUCCAGAGUCUCUCAUGGGUCCCUGUACGGCCUCCCAUUGCUGCUGUCUACAUCUCCACACUCUGCCAUGUGCCACUUUUCAGGUCUCCUCACACUGCUGGUGUGUUACAUUUUUUGUCAUAGGGUGC